AUGUUUACUCCGAAGGACAUCAUGCCAAAGAUGCCAGGAUCAAUCAUGUCGUCAUCUUCCACCUCACCUUCCGAAACCCUCCCAAUUUCCAGGGGUGGCAAUCGUCAGCGGUCUACUCGAAAACGGCGGGCUCUUUCAUGGGGAGACAUGCCCCAAGGCGCACCCUGGGAUCUGACGGACUCGCUGAGCAAGUUGACUCAAAAUAUGACCGAUGUCCCAACCCUGGAUAUAGACAAAUGGGUGCGCCGGUCGGUUGAAGAACGCCGGAGGGAGACACAACAAAAAGGAAUGGUUCCGCGGCCCAUGAACCCCUUCAUGCUAUAUCGGUUGGCGUAUACAGAAAGCAUCAUAAGACUGUCGGCCCGACGCAACCCUCAAGUCAUCUCCUCUAUUGCAGGAAAGAGCUGGUGGAAGGAAACACAGGGUUUCCGCGACGAAUACGCGAGGCUAUCCAAGAUUGAACGCGAUGGCCAUGUCCAGGCGCAUCCGGACUACAAAUUUAAAAGAAAAUUGCGAAAAAGGCCGUCUGUUGCCGAGCCCGUGGCACUUUUUGAGAGUCCUGAACUUUCCGAAAACAGCAAUUGUGGCUGGCCUCCCGUCCAGGAUUCUGGAGCGAGUAUCCAAAGCCCCAUCGAUUAUCCCUACUUGGGGUCUCAUCCCGAAGGCAUUCUGGGAAAUCACUUCGAGCCUAUGGGAGGUGUUUUCCAAGGAGGCUAUUCCAGUGGCUUGGUUGGGCUUCCUGAUGAAGCGCACCACGACUUGCUUUGUCCUGAGCCGAUCAACCCCACGACUAGCAUCUUCAUAGACGGGAGCUACGUGGACCCUCAGUGGCAAGAAAGCCUAUGGUUUGUUUAG